CCCUCCUCAGAUGACCGUGCAGCUGGAGCCCCUGUCGUUGUCGCUGCCGUAAGGGGAGUGUCCCCGAGUCAGAGAGUAAGGUCCUGCCCGGUGCACAACAUCAUGAACAACAAGUUUGAUGCUUUAAAAGAUGAUGACAGUGGAGACCAGGAUCAAAAUGAGGAUAGCCACACACAGAAAGAGAAUGAGAAGGAAAAAACAGACAAAGAGAAGACCCAAAACAGUACCAAAAGGAAGGCAGUGGUCCCUGGUCCAGGAGAACACCCAUUACAGUACAACUAUACAUUCUGGUACUCCAGACGUACACCAGGUCGACCCACCAGCUCUCAGAGUUAUGAACAGAAUGUUAAACAGAUUGGAACAUUUGCAUCUGUUGAGCAGUUCUGGAGGUUUUAUAGCCAUUUAGUUCGACCUGGUGACCUCACAGGACACAGUGACUUUCACCUGUUCAAGGAUGGCAUUAAACCAAUGUGGGAGGAUGAAGCUAAUAAGAAUGGUGGAAAGUGGAUUAUCCGUUUGCGGAAAGGACUAGCAUCACGUUGCUGGGAGAAUCUGAUUUUGGCAAUGCUGGGUGAGCAGUUUAUGGUUGGAGAGGAGAUAUGUGGAGCUGUUGUUUCAGUUCGAUUUCAGGAAGACAUUAUCUCAAUAUGGAAUAAAACAGCCAGUGACCAAGCUACUACUGCUCGCAUACGAGACACAUUACGACGUGUCCUAAACUUACCACCUAAUACUAUCAUGGAAUACAAGACUCAUACUGACAGUAUCAAAGACAACUCAAGCUUUCGAAAUACGAAAAUCACUUUAUGAAAUCUUCAUUGCACUCCGUUUGUUUAGUUGAAAGGUACGCUCUGCUUCGUUCUAGAGGAACACCACAUUUAAACAAAAAAAUAAAUAUCUUGGCAUGGGAUGAUGUUCAGUGUAAAUCCCAACAGGACAUCAUUAUUUCAGGGAAAACUUACUCUGCUAUUGGUCAAUUAUUGUUCUGACAGAAUCAAACUUUUAUUUUUAUUUUUUUUAAGUCAAGUUGAGUCUGCUAUGCUAAUGUCCCCUAUUUCUAUACAAUUGUUAUGUUUGUUUUGAAAUUUGUGAGUAUUGUGAAUGUCUGUGUUUUGUGGAUACGUAAGUAUUAGACUUAGAGCUCAUGGGCAAAAUUUAAUGCCCUCCCUGGUAGUGAGUUUGGUGAUGGGACAUUUAAUCAGACGGGAGGGUGGUGGGCUUGUCACAUGGGGAGCAUGUCUGGGGUUGCAUGUGGGCAGGCAGCUUGUUCAGAGGCGAUUGGUAGAACCAUUCCCACACUUGCUGCCAACCUCUUCUGCCCCUCACCCUUCCCCUGCCUUUGCCACUGUCCCUCUCCAUCACCAAUCCCCCCUCUGCCGCUGCCCCCAGCCACCUCCCCCUGCUCUGCCACCUCCCCCCUGCCCCUUACCCCCCCCCCUCGACCACCUCACCCCUCCCCCUCACUCAGCC